AUGAAGGCUUUAUUAGUUGUGACAUUUCUGACUGUAACGGUCUUUGGUAAGUGUAGUCUAAGGAAUUCUACCAUAUUUACACUUUAAAACGACAAUUUUAGCUAAGUUUCCAAGCAAAGAAGAGAAUCUAAAGUUGGCUGAGAAGGCUGUAAAAGAGUUGAAAGAGCUGGUGGAUGCGGAUAAAGCCGAGGUUUGGCCGGAUUUGGAGAGAGAAGAAGACGAUUUAAAGAUUUAUACAAAAGAAAGCCCAUUUCCUGAACUCUCAGAGAACAUUUAUCUGGCCGAGACUGUAAUCAAGGCAAAUGUCACCAAAGUUUACGAAUUGCUGAAGCCAUGGGGUGAGCUGCGAACAAAAUGGGACGAUCUGUAUGAGUACAUCAAGGUCAUCGAUAAAAUUAACGAAAAUGUAAGUGUUCCCCAUCAAAAUGACAGGUCAUCUUUACAAUGGUCCGUUUUCCAGACUUAUGUUGUUCACGAAGCUAUUCAUGCCAAACUUCUUUUAUCUGCUCGUGAUGCAGUUGUGGUUUGUCAGAAGGCUGAUUUUGGAAAGGAAAUAGUCAUGGCAUGCCAUAACACGACCAGUGCGGAGGUCCCAGAAAGCGAUGACUAUGUUCGUACGGUCAAAAGAUUGAAUGGAUUUUCGGUCAAGCCUUAUUCCAAAGAUCCUAAAUGGACUGAACUUAAAGUGAGUUUUGUUUGGAGAUUCUGUUAGAAUUUGAUGUAAUUUAAUUGCAAUAUUAUGCGCAACAAAGUCUUUCAGCUCCUCCUUGGCGUUGAUCUCAACCUGAAGGUCGGUUUCUUUUCGUCCAUUGUAAAUCGUUUCAAACCCGGCCAAUUAUCCGAAUUUGUGGAGCGACUUAACGCUGCUUUGCCUGAUUACUAUGUGUAA